UCACAUGCGGAAGUUCCUCCUUCGUAAACCAAAACAUUUCCACCUAUGUGACACCGAUGUUGACAUUUAGCAACGUGAUUAUUUGUUCUCGCAGAGGCUUGUUUGAAAGCAGCCGGUAACAACGAUAACUUCACGAUUAAUGUUCUGUCCUAGACGAGCAGUUUUUUGUUGCUCGAGACUGCUCUGUCCGUACAAACAUGACUGACGGGACAGGGUGAGGCAGGAUUAUGGAGGAUAUCAUUUGUGUCAGCUCGGGCAGCGACGACGACUCUGAUUUAGAGGUCAUAAGCAGUUACAAUGAAAAGAAAGAAGACGCAGUUCCUUUUAUUCGAACACAAUGGCUGCAAGUCACACCUGUUCUCAUCAAUAUCACAGGCCACAACUUCAUCUCUCCAAGCCGAAGGCGCCCAAGAAAAGAUACAUGCUCCUCCCUAGAAGUUAUAGAUCUGAGUGAAGAUGAUCGUCCUGGUGAUGCUGACAUGCAGAAACCAUCGCAGACUUUGUCGUCAGCAGAAAGCAGAGAAAAGAAAGCGCAUGCAGCAACGGCAUCUUUUGGAGAAGCUCAAGAAUCACAAUCUCUAACCAGCGUUGGCAAAGAUGUGACUAAUUCAGAGUGUUUUGUAGGAAGCAGUGUGCAGUCUGUUGCCUCUAAGUCGCUUAGUCGGGAGAACACUCUCACAGACGUGCUCCAAAGAACAGAAGAUUAUUUGCAUCAGGACACAAAUUGUAAUUCAAGCUUGCCAUCUGAGCAGCUGAGCUGGGAUAAGUCUUUGGAACAUUGCAGGUCCAGCGAUAAAAGUAAAAAUCCGUUCAAAUACGAAUCUGAAGUAUUAAAGGACUCUAUUGCAGAUGUAUCGCAGAACACUAAAGACACACUGCUUAGUACACCGGCUCUCUGCAGCAUCAGAGAAGACCAAGAAGACAAUCUCGACUCAUCACAGAAAUGGGAAGACAGUGUUCUCUCUCCUUACAAUAUUAACAGUCCAUAUUACUGUCCGAGUGAGGUUGAUGCUUAUAUAUUCUCUGAUUCAUCCAAUAAGUCUGAGGAUAACAAUCAUCUGUUUACAUAUGACAGUCGGCAGUCUUUUCAAACGUCUGAGCUACCCUCUGCUACUCAUACUGCAUCAGUACCCAAUGCACUUUUAUCGGAAGAGGAUGGUGAAGUGAUGAAUAUCAGCAAAAAUGUGGACAUGGAUACGCAGGUUCAUCCCGAGGAUUCGUCCCGCUCCUUACCUACCUCAUGUAAGGCAUCGCCCCCCAGGAGCCCUGAACUUUUGUCUAGACGUAGUAAACCCAGCAGUCCAACAUCUACAGAGAUUCUUGCGAGCGACACUGCAGCACAAUCCCCUGAUCCGUCUAUGCUGAGCUCACCAAGUAGCCUUCUCAUUUCACAGCCCUCCUCGCCAAACUUUCCAGAGAGAACUGAGCAAAAGAGAAAUGAUUUAGACGCAGGAUCUCUAGAAAGCGCUUCCCUCAGGGUUUGGGAGACCAGCAGUGACGACAGCGAUGACAAUGUGCUGGAUAAUAUGGAGUUAGAUCUUUCUGAAAACAACACCGAGGAUAGACAACAUAUUUGUCUGACUCAGUACAAAAAAAUAAACCAGUGUGAGAGUGGAACGGUUUCACACGUGGAUGAGGAAGAUGAACACUAUGGCCCUCCUGAGCCUUUAUGCCGGCAAAGCCUUAGCUUGGUCUACAGCACCAUCGAGGAGAAUUACCCAGAAGGCACACUUCAGCUGCUCUUUGACUUUAUUCAGCCUCGGUAUUACCCACCGUCGGAUAUUACAACACAUCUGCUCAGGGGGAUUCUCUUAAACCCACAAAGCCCUGAUGUUUUUGUCAUAGAGGCCUAUAACCUAUUGAUGAAGACUCAGAGAUACCACCCUGUGGAUGCUUCGACAGUCCCAUGGGAUUGGGAACUGAUGAAGUCGGUUAUGGAGGAACAGGAUGACACUAGGAGGUUGCAGACGGAGGUCCAGUACCUGCUCCUGCAAUACGUGUUGCAGGUUUUAAAAGAUGACUUUCAUUUUAAACUCAGGAGUCAGUGUCUUCAUCCCUCUGUUGCAAAGAAGAUGUUUUCAUGUGGCAAUGAAACAACUGGGGAUGUAGUACGUUGGUUGAUGAAUGCUGCAAAGCAGUCAGUAAAACAGUCAAAAGAUGGGGAAAAUCCAGUGAAAGAGGACAACUAUCUCAGGAUUAUAUUAUCUCUUCAGAGGAUGUUAACAUUGGCCCUGGAGGCGGACCUCACCUAUAAUUCUGAGAAAAUUUCAAUGCAACUCUUCAACUGUCUUGACAAAAAAGAUUCUUGUAGGCAGACGAGGCUUUUAUUGUUGAGGACUCUGGAUAGCAAGCUGCUGAGAUGCAAACUGUUGGAGCUGUUGCUGAAUGGGAAUUGUCCUCAGCCCAUGUCCCUAAACUUGCUGCUACGCUACCUCAAGAGCUCUACACUGGACUCAGACCCCUCUGAUGGAGAAGAGAAGUGGAGAAAAUGGGAUGAGCUCCUUCAGCUUCUGUGGAUGCUUUUGCUCAGUUAUGAAGAAGUUGUGACAGGUCGUCUGCACCGCCCCAUCAAAGAGCGUUUUAAUAAUAGAAAUGCUCUGAUCUGGAAGCAAGAAGAUCAGGUGACACACUCAGCAGUGCAAGAGGCAGCAGGUGCCUUCCUGUCACGUGCAGAGGACGACAUCGGCCAUGCUCUUCCCGCCGCAAUGCAGGAAUCACUUUCCCACCUACAAGAACACAUAAUUGACAUGCCCAGUGUUAUUUCAAGUCUUUAAACCUUUUAUAAUAGCUUUGUUUUUACAGUUUUUUAAAUAAAUUUAUUUUUUAUACAAAAAA